AUGGGCCCGCGCAACGAGGCUGAGGAUGCUGAGCUCGGCUUGCUUGCCAACGAGGAAAUCUCAAGAUCGAAUUUCGAUGACCCCGAAACCAAUCAUUCCGUUAAAGAGGUGACCUCUAGCUCCAGCGAGCCCGAGUACCAGACGCCUGCGACACUGAAGUUUAUCUGGCUCGGAGCUUAUUUUCUUUUCAGCAUGUUAUUGACGAUGUACAACAAGCUGAUUCUGGGCAAGUUCAAUUUCCCCUGGCUCCUCACCUGCAUGCAUACCACGUUCGCGUCCGUCGGCACCUUCGUCAUGUUGAAACUCGGCUACUUCCAAUUAUCGCAACAACUUGGCCGGCGUGAACACCUCAUUUUGGUUCUAUAUUCGGUGUUGUUUACUGGCAACAUUGCCAUGUCCAACCUUUCCUUGUCCCUCGUGAGCUUGGCUUUCUUCCAGAUUAUUCGUAAUACCGUUCCUAUCUUCACCGUCCUCAUUUACCGUCUCCGGUUUUCUCGCCUUUAUUCUCUGGCGACGUACUUGUCGCUCUUCCCGAUCAUCGUUGGGGCUGGAAUGACUACGGUCGGAGAGUAUCAUUACUCGGCCCUGGGGUUGUUUCUUUCGAUUUUCGGAGUGAUGUUGGCAGCUGUGAAGACGGUCACCACCAAUCGCCUCAUGACUGGAUCAUUAGCGCUCCCUUCGAUGGAACUAUUAUUUCGGAUGUCGCCCCUCGCUGCGCUUCAAUCUUUUUGCUUCGCAAUAUUCGCUGGAGAGCUCCCCGGGUUUACUCGGGCGAUUUCUCAUCGCGCUACGACUGAAUCGAGGGCGGCUGCGGCCUCGACCCUUGUCUUCCUCCUCGGCAAUGGUCUUCUUGCAUUUUUUCUGAACGUGUCAUCUUUCCAGACCAACAAGCUAGCGGGUGCUCUCACCAUCUCGGUGUGUGGGAACCUGAAGCAGGCCCUCACCCUCGCGAUCGGGAUCUUUGUCUUUGGGGAUUUUACCGUCAACCUUUUGAACGGGGCUGGCAUAGUUCUUGUGUUGGCGGGAUGUGCGCUAUUCAGUAAAACGGAGUUAGAUUCCAAGAAAAGAGCAGCCUUUGCAUAG